GUAGAAAUCUGGACCCGAGAAUUUGGGGGCUGGAAAUUGCGAUGAGAAUUCUUCGGACUGAAAUCCAACAGAAGUUUUGACUUGGGUUCUUGUGUUCUUCUGGACUCCUUUACACGAGGAUUGCUGGUCGCGAUGCUGAAUGGGAUAACUUUGUGAAGAACAAGAAGGAGAUAUAUUAGGACAUUUUUGGUAACAAUUUUAGGCUAUUCCAGAAAUACCAGGAAUACAACACUACAGGAAUCAGUAAGGGAUGUGCUUGUCGAACUUCAGAUGCGCGUCUCCCCCCCCCCCCCCCCCCCAAUGGUACAGAUGCAGUUAAAUGGAAGUACGACUUUUAAUGAACGUAGCUGUAAAUCGAUGCGUCUGCGGGUUUUUUUUUAAAGUUUUUUACGUAUUUUAUACAUCGUCCCAUAAGUCGCUUUUUCCUAGCCUUACAGAAUAACUGGCUGCGUGUGGCACUUUACUGACUUUAGGACGAGCGGCGGAUAUUUUCUUUCCUACUCCUUUUUCCUUUCGCCCUUUUCCCAAGUUUUCAAGGCUGCCGUCAGUCUCUGCUGCGGAUACCAUGGCACCGAUUGCGCAGGAGAAGCGCUCGGUGAGCCCCUGGGGGAUAUCGGCUUUGCUGUGCGGAUUGCUGUGCUUCGUCGCCGUGAAUGGAUGUCCUCACAAGUGCAGUUGCUCCGGGUCUCAUGUGGAUUGCCAGGGUCAAGGUUUCCGGACGGUGCCGAGGGGAAUCCCGAGGAACGCCGAGCGAUUAGACCUGGACAGGAAUAACAUCACUCGGAUCACCAAGGUGGACUUUUCUGGGCUGAAGAACCUGCGGGUUCUACAUCUGGAGAACAAUCAGAUCAGUGUGAUCGAAAGAGGAGCCUUUCAGGAUCUCAAACAGCUGGAGAGACUGCGUCUGAACCGAAACCGGCUGCAGGUUCUGCCGGAGCUGCUGUUCCAGUCCACACCCAAGCUGGGCCGUCUGGACCUGAGUGAAAACCAGAUUCAGUCCGUCCCUCGUAAGGCUUUCCGGGGAAUCACCACCGUCAAAAACCUGCAACUGGACAGCAACCACAUCAGCUGCAUCGAAGAUGGAGCUUUCCGAGCACUGCGCGAUCUGGAGAUACUCACUCUCAACAACAACAACAUCACACUCAUCCCGCUGUCCAGCUUUAACCACAUGCCCAAGCUGCGAACUCUCCGCCUGCACUCCAACAACCUGCACUGCGACUGCCACCUGUCCUGGCUCUCUGAUUGGCUGCGUCAGAGGAGGGGGCUGGCCCCCUUCACACAGUGCAUGUCCCCCACCCACAUGAGAGGGCUCAAUGUCCCCGACGUGCAGAAGAGAGAUUUCGUCUGUACAGGCCCCGCUCAGACCGAGCCGAGGUCAUGCGCUCCCCAGGCGUCUGUCUGUCCUGCCAGCUGCACCUGCAACAACAACAUUGUGGACUGUAGAAGGAAGGGCCUGACAGAGAUCCCAGCCAACCUGCCCGAGGGCAUCGUGGAAAUUCGUCUGGAGCAGAACCUGAUCAAAAGCAUCCCAGCUGGAGCGUUCUCACCAUACAAGAAGCUGAAAAGAAUAGAUCUGAGCAAGAAUCAGAUUUCCGACAUCGCAGGCGACGCCUUCAGUGGCCUUCGCUCGCUCACCUCACUGGUACUGUAUGGAAACAAAAUUGCUGAGAUCCCCAAGGGACUGUUUGAUGGCCUGGUCUCCCUGCAACUGCUGCUGCUCAAUGCCAACAAGAUCAACUGUCUGAGGGUGAACACGUUCAAAGACCUGCAGAGCCUUAAUCUGCUCUCUCUCUACGACAACAAGCUGCAGACCAUCAGCAAGGGCCUGUUCACCUCGCUGCGCUCCAUCAAGACCCUACACCUGGCUCAGAACCCCUUCAUGUGUGACUGCCACCUGAAGUGGCUGGCCGACUACCUGUUCGACAACCCUAUCGAGACGAGCGGUGCGCGGUGUAGUCAUCCCCGCCGCCUCGCCAACAAACGCAUCAGCCAGAUCAAGGGCAAGAAGUUCCGCUGCACAGGUUCGGAGGACUACCGGAGCCGCCUGACUAGUGAGUGUUUCCAGGACCUGGUGUGUCCGGAGCGCUGCCGCUGUGAAGGCACAGUGGUGGACUGCUCCAACCUCAGACUGACCAACCUCCCCACCCACCUGCCUGAGCACACCACCGACCUGCGCCUGAACGACAAUGAGAUCUCAUCCCUGGAAGCCGCGGGAGCCUUUAAGAAGCUGCCAAACCUACGCAAGAUAAACCUGAGCAACAACAAGCUGCGCGAGAUCCAGGAGGGCGCGUUCGACGGGGCGUCAGGCGUGCUAGAGCUGCUCCUUACUGGAAACAAGCUGCAGGCCGUACACGGGCCCAUGUUCCGGGGCCUGAGCGGCCUCAAGACCCUGAUGCUAAGGAGCAACCAGAUCACCUGCGUGGACAACGCCACCUUCACAGGCCUUGGCUCCGUGCGCCUGCUCUCGCUCUAUGACAACCACAUCUCCACCAUUGCUCCAGGGGCCUUCUCCACCCUCCACUCCCUCUCCACCAUUAACCUGCUGUCCAACCCGUACGUGUGCGACUGCCACCUGGCCUGGCUGGGGUUGUGGCUGAAGAAGACGCGGGUGGUCAGCGGAAACCCCCGCUGCCAGAAGCCUGCCUUCCUGAAGGAGAUCCCCAUACAGGACGUGGCCACGCCCGACUUCACCUGCGAAGGUGUCGAAGACAACGCCUGCCUGCCGCCGGUUCCGCGCUGUCCUGAGCCGUGCACGUGCGCAGAUACGGUGGUGCGCUGCAGUAACCGUGGCUUGCGCGCCCUGCCCAAGAGCAUCCCCAAGGACACCACUGAGCUGUACCUGGAAGGAAACCUGCUGACAGCCGUCCCUAAGGAGCUGGCGCACCUGAAACAGCUCAUGCUUGUGGACCUGAGCAACAACAGCAUCAGCUCCCUCACUCCUCUCGUUUUCAACAACAUGACUCGGCUCUCCACACUUAUCCUGAGUUAUAAUCAGAUCCGCUGUGUGCCGGUGCAUGCGUUUGAUGGACUGCGCUCACUGCGACUGUUAACACUCCACGGAAACGACCUUUCAACUAUUCCAGAGGGAGCCUUCAACCACUUGACAUCUCUGUCUCAUCUGGCGCUGGGUGCCAACCCCCUGUACUGUGACUGUGAGCUGCGCUGGCUCUCCCAGUGGGUGAAGGCGGGCUUUAAGGAGCCUGGCAUCGCCCGCUGCAGCGGGCCGUCCGACAUGGCUGACCGCCUGCUGCUGACCACGCCCCUCAACCGCUUCCAGUGCAAGGGGCCCGUCGAUCUGCACCUGAUGUCCAAGUGCGCCCCCUGCCUGGCCAGCCCCUGCCAGAACAACGGCACGUGCGUCGGCGACGUCACGGGCUCCUACCGCUGCUCAUGCCCAUUCGGCUACAAGGGUCGCAACUGCGAGAUCGUCAUGAACGCCUGCCUCAGCCAGCCUUGUAGCAACGGGGGCACAUGUCACCUCCCACCUGGCCAGGAGGGCCAAUACAGCUGCGCGUGCCCUCCCGGGUUCGAGGGCCAGCGGUGCGAGGUGAACCCUGACGACUGCGAGGACCACGACUGCGAGAACAAUGCUACCUGCGUGGACGGCAUCAACAACUACACUUGCGUGUGCCCCUCCAACUACAGAGGAGACCUGUGCGAGGAGGUGGUGGACCCCUGUCUCCUUGGCUUUGACCCUUGCCAACACGACUCUAAGUGCGUGCCCUUGGGUAGAGGAUACAGAUGUGAGUGUCUGCCAGGCUAUGUAGGGCAGCGCUGUGAGCAGGACUAUAAUGACUGCGUAGAGAACAAGUGUCAGCAUGGAGCAGAGUGUGUGGACGCCAUCAACGGCUACACGUGUGUGUGCAAGGAUGGCUUCAGCGGGCUGUUCUGCGAGAACCCUCCUCCCAUGAUCCUCCUCCAGAAGACGAGUCCGUGUGACCAGUCGGACUGCCAGAAUGGCGCCCCCUGCGUGCUGGUGGAGUCCGAGCCCGUCUGCCGCUGCCUGCCGGGCUUCUUCGGCUCCAAGUGUGAGAAGACGCUCACCGCCCACUUCCUGGGCAAGGACUCGUUCAUAGAGCUGUCCGGCGCCAACGUGCGCCCCUCCACUCACAUAUCCCUCCAGGUAGCCACUGACAAGGAUCACGGCGUGCUGCUGUACAAGGAGGAUCACGAACCCUUAGCUCUAGAGCUGUACCAGGGCCACAUCCGGCUGAUGUAUGACAUCACCAAGUACCCUCCGACCACCGUGUACAGUGUGGAGUCGGUGAAUGAUGGCACCUUCCACACAGUGGAGCUAUUGAUCCAAAAUCAGACUCUGAGUCUGGUGGUGGAUAAGGGAGCCCCUAAGAGUCUAGGCAAACUGCCCCGCCCCCCUGUAGUGGAGCCCAGCACCCAACUCUACAUUGGAGGUGUGCCCUCGGCGCUUGGCUCCUUGGCCCUUCGCACGGGGCCCGACCGCCCCGCCCAGUCCUUCGUCGGCUGCAUCCACAGCGUGCGCAUCAACGGUGAGCUACAGGAGCUAGUCACGGGGUCGGCGGGCUUAGAGGGUGUGCUGGCGGGCUGCCACUCCUGUAGUGUGUGCACGGGGCAGGGCCCGUGCAGGCAGCGAGGCGAGGUGGGUGUCACCUGCGAGUGUCCCGCCAGCAGCAGCGGACCGCUGUGCGAGCAACGGAGCUCCCCCAACCCCUGCCUGGGCAGCAGGUGUGUACAAGGCCUGUGUGUGCCUAAGGACUCGUCCUACAGCUGCAAGUGCGCGCCGGGCCACUCGGGCCAGUACUGCGAGAGGAGAGAGGAACCAGCGGCCUGCAGGGGGCAGCACUGUGGGAACGGCCAAUGCAAGGUGGACGAGGGGGGGGCGCCUGUGUGCCACUGCCAGCCAGGCUACACGGGAACAGACUGCAACACGGAAGUUACCUGCCAGGGGGAGAUGGUCCGUGAGCCGCUCAAACGUCACAUGGGCCACAGGACGUGCACAUCCACGAGUCGGGUGCCCCGUGUGGAGUGCCCCCGCGUGUGCCACCCGGGCCUCUGCUGUGCCCCCUCCAAGAGCCGCAGGCGGAAAAUCAGCUUCAAGUGCUCCGACAGCUCGUCCUUCUCGGAAGAGAUAGAGACAGCCCUGGAGUGCAGCUGCUCGAAGUGCCCCUCGUAACGACGGAACCGCCGAAAACCGCCGGAACCACGCUUCUGACCACAAUUUCACAAGGAGCCAGAGGGAAAGAAGAUAUAUUGUAAAAUAAAAAAACAAAUAGAACUUAUUUUUAUUAAGGGAUUUUUUUUCUAAAGAAGAGACUGUUUUUAUGAAGUUUCUUAUGUGUGAAUAGUUAUUUUGUAUUAAUGAAAAGAAAAAAAAAUCACACACGCAGAUUAACAUUCC